AUGGCAUUCCGGAACCUAGCCGGAGCUUUCCACCGUGCGAAACCAUUAUCGCAGCCCGUCGCGAAAGACCUCCCGGUUCCUGCGGAUGACAAGAAACCUAUCGCAACCCCAAAAAUUGUCAGUGAUGAGGAAAACAUCCAUCUUCAUACAGAAACCUCUGCCAUCGAACAGGAGAGCGAGGAUGAUCCCGAAAUUACGGCAUUGCCGCGAGAAGUCCGUCAGUUGGUCAGUCUCACAGACAACCCCGAGUUGCCAACCAUCACCUUUCGCUACUUCGUUUUGUCCGUCAUCUUUGUCGUACCUGGGGCUUUUCUAUCACAGAUGAGCUACUUCCGUACCACCCAGGCUCCGUACUCUGUAUUCUUCGUCCAGAUUGCGUCACACUAUGCUGGCCACUUCCUUGCCAGGAUCCUUCCCACUCACCGGGUCCGGGUUCCCGGCACGCGCUGGUCCUUCAGCAUGAACCCAGGACCCUGGAGUAUCAAGGAGCAUGUAUUGAUUACAGUUACCGCUGCUUCAGGUGCUACCUACAAUCUAGGGUACACCCCCAUCGUCCUAGCGGAGCUUUACUACGGGCAGAGAAUCAAUCCAGCAGUGGCUAUAUUUUUUAUGUUUUCCAUCGUCUGGAUCGGAUAUGCUUUUGCUGCGCUGGCACGGCAGUUGCUGCUUUAUGAUCCUGCUUAUAUUUGGCCACAGGCGCUCAUGCAGACGACAUUGUUCGAGACUUUUCGCAGAACGGACAAUUCGUCCCCAUUGGCCCGUCGGCAAAUGAAGAUCUUUUUCUUCUCGUUAAUGGGCAUCAUCCUUUGGCAGUUCCUACCAGAAUAUGUUUUUCCGUUCACCUCGUCGCUUGCCUUCCUCUGCUGGGUUGCGCCCCGGAACAGAGUCGCCAACUUUAUCGGAUCGGGUCUCGGGGGCAUGGGUUUUCUCAAUUUGUCGCUGGACUGGUCAAAUAUCAACUGGAAUGGCUCCUCGAUUAUGCUCACUCCCUUUUGGACUCAAGUCAUUCUGUUUUUGGCCUUUGCCUUCAAUUGCUGGGUCCUGCUGCCAGCUGCAAAAUGGGGGAGCCUGGGGUCAUAUCACCAUGGCCUCAUGUCCAAUAGUCUUCUCACGGCCAAUGGUACCACAUAUCCUGUACUCGAGGUAUUGACUCCUGAUUUUCAACUGAACCAAACCGUGUACCAGGAGUAUGGACCGAUGUAUAUGGGACUCCAAAAAGUUUGGUCAACUUUUUUCGACUAUGCCAAACUGCCUGCCGCUGUUACCUGGAUUUUAACGUUCGGUUUUACCCAAAUAGUUGGCAACUUGAAACGGGUUCUCGCAUCGCACCAGAAGCAAUCGCGGACCAGGGGCCAAGGCAUCAACUACCAAUACCAAGACCGCCUCAAUGUCCUUCAGCGUCAAUAUCGGGAAGUGCCCUUGUGGUGGUAUUUCAUUCUGUUCCUUGUGGGGUUCGUGAUCCUUGUCGCGGCCAUCGGUUGCGGACAGCUCUUUAUUCCAAUCUGGACGCUAUUUGUGGCUUUGAGCAGCGCAGCCGUCUUUGUCAUCCCAUUUGGCUGGCUCUACGCAAUUUCCAACUACCAAAUUUCUACCGGGUCCUUCAACGAAUUAAUGUAUGGAUAUAUGGUUCACACCCCAGCCGGCCAAGCACAUCAUCACCCGUGCGGGCCCUCCACGUAUGGUGCCAUCGCCGGAGACGCAUGGUAUCGGGCCCAGUAUAUGUUGCAGGAUCAAAAGAUCGGCCAUUACAUGCAUAUCCCACCACGGACAGUGUUUUUCUCGCAAAUUUUCGGGACUAUUCUUGGGGUUCCUGUCAACUACGGCGUGGUUAGAUGGAUUCUCAACACCAAGGGCGAUUACUUGACUGGUUCUAAGAAGGACCCACUGAACCAAUGGACUGGACAGGGCAUACAGUCUUCCAAUACCCUCGGUGUGCAAUACGCCGUUGUUGGCCCGAAGGAGUUGUUUGCACAGCGAGAGAUGUCUGUCCUACCAUGGUCGUUUCUGGUGGGCACCGGGAUCCCCCCGUUGUUGUAUCUCUUACAUCGCAGCUUCCCGCGCCUACGGGUUGAUCUGUGGAAUGUCAGUAUUUUCUUCUCCGGUCUGGCUCUCUUCUAUGGUAAUGUGAGUACCGGAUACACAUCUGCCAUCAUUGGCGGAUAUGUGGUCAUGUACCACUUCUAUAGACGCCAUUUCAAUGUUUGGAGACGGUACAGCUACAUGGUGGCGGCUGCUUUUGACGCAGGGUUUAAUUUCAACCUGCUUUUGAUUUUCCUGUUCUUUGGCGCAGGGAAGCAAGUCUCGAUGCCCCAGUGGUGGGGGAACAACGGUGAUUCCGUGGAAAGGUGUUUUGCCUUGAGUGAUGAUUGA